AUGGCUGCAAUGCUUCAGCUGAGUCCUCUGCUACGAAGCACCUUCCAGAGUUCCAGAGCCUCCCACUUGUUCCUUGAAGAAGAAGAAAUAAAGGGUGUAUUGUUCAUGUGGCUUGUGAAGAUGGGUUUGGAGGAAGAUGUGUUUGUUGGGGAUUCUGUGAGGAAUAUGCCAAAGGAGGCUGUUUUCUUUGUUUUCGAGAGGGUGGCUGCCGAGAUUAAGCCCAAUUUGGUGACAAUGGUGUGCGUCAUUUCUGCUUGUGCAAAGUUGAAGGAUGCUUCGUUGAGUGAGAGGCUGUGUGCUUACAUUGGGGAGCCUGGACUGAAGUGUAAUAUGCUUAUGGGACUGGCUAGGGAAGCAGUUUCGGUGAUGGGUGAAAUGCUGCAACAGGGCCUAAGACCCGACAAGGUUACCAUGUUAUCUGGAAUUUCAGCUUGUGCACAACCAAGUGAUUCUCUCUCUGGAAAGUGUUGCCAUGGUUAUGUUCUAAGGAAUGGAGUAGAAGGUUGGGGUACGAUUUGCAAUUCCAUGAUUGAUAUGUACAUGAAGUGCGGCCAACAAGAGAUGGCCUGCAGAAUUUUUGACAAUAUGUCGAAUAAGACGGUAGUAUCAUGGAACUCGUUGAUUUCUGGUUUCAUAAGAAGUGGUGAUGUGAAGUCAGCUUGGAUAGCGUUCAGUGAGAUGCCAAAGAGUGAUCUUGUCUGUUGGAACACUACGAUUGAUGCUCUGGUCCAAGAGAGCAAGUUUGGGGAAGCAAUUGAACUUUUCUGGGUGAUGUGGAUUGAGGGAAUAAAAGGAGAUAGGGUGACGAUGGUGGAGGUUGCAUCUACCUGCGGAUAUCUAGGAGCUCUUGAUCUUGCAAAGUUGACUCAUGCUUAUAUCCAGAAUAAAAAACACAGUCUGUGA